CUCAGACCUACCUCACUUACACAAACAAAACUCGAACCAGCAACGACUUCCUCUUUAUAUCGAUCUCGCGAUCGUUCCUCCCGUCUCCCCUACCACAGGAAAAUUCUCAAAGUGCAUGAGCGCAAUAUAACGAUCUCCCAUCCCGCCCUCUCUGACCGCGCGCCUCCCCUCCUCCCCGCCGAGCGACUCCCGCUACCCAUCUCCAUCCCCGCUAGAAAUUCCUCCAAACAUGGCCGCCAACGGAGUGCAUCAAGCCUUUGCGCCAGUGCUGGCUGCGCAUAACACUAUGGCUUCGGGGGCGGACAGAGCACAGAAGGAGCAGGCACAUCAGUUUCUCGAAAGAUUCCAGAAAUCGCAAGAGGCAUGGACAUCCACACUCGCCAUGUUGGAGUCGAACAAUGUCGAUGCUGCGGCUAAGAUGUUCGCGGCGACAACAUUGAAAGGAAAGAUUGUCUAUGACCUUCAUCAGGUACCCCGCGAGUCCCUGCCUGACCUACGGAGCUCACUCAUGAGGAAUCUGGUCACCUUCCAUGCUGGGCCAAAGCCAAUCAGACUGAUGCUUUGCGUCUGCCUAGCGAACUUGGCCAUCCAGAUGACCGAAUGGAAGGAUGUCCUCCAGCUUGUAGUCUCCACGCUCGGCACCGAUGCGGCAACCUUACCGUGCGUCUUAGACUUUCUUCGUGUCCUCCCCGAAGAAGUCAACCAUGGACGAAAAAUCAACCUCACAGAACCCGAGUUACAAGACAGGACUGUCGAACUGAUAGACAAUAACGCCAAACAAGCACUCACCCUACUUGUACAAUACGCUCAAUCGUCUCCGGCCGCUGCUCAAAAUCCGCAAUUGUUGCAAUGCAUAUCUUCGUGGCUGCGUGAAAUCCCCCUCGAGGACAUAAUCAACUCACCGCUUUUGAAGGUCAUCGUGGAUGCACUCGCCGCCCCUGAACCCUUUGAGGCGGCAGUUCAAUGCUUGUGCAAUGUCAUCGGAGAGACCAGGGACGUGGACGACAAUAUGAAUAGUAUUCUGGUCCUGUAUCCCCAGGUUAUUUCGUUACGGCCGAAACUUGCGCAGGCGGCGAGCGAGGAAGAUACUGAGACGUACAAGGGUAUUGCUAGGAUAUUCGCAGAGGCUGCAGAGGCAUGGGUGCUUUUGAUCGCAAGGUUGCCAGGGGAAUUUCGAGCACUUGUCGAGGCUGUUCUUGAGACUGCUGCCUUGGAUAAGGAACAUGAUGCCAUCUCGCAUACUUUCAGAUUCUGGUACGAUCUCAAGAUGUACCUCACCAUCGAGAAGUAUGCGCAAACCAGGCUACAGUUCCUUGACAUUUACACCCGUCUUGUUGAUAUCAUGAUCGGACACCUGCAAUACCCUACACCAGACGACGGGAAUGAGGCCGAUCUCUUCGAGGGCGACCGUGAGCAGGAAGAAAAAUUCCGGGAGUUCCGCCAUCAAAUGGGUGACGUACUGAAAGACUGUUGCGAAGUCAUGGGCGUAGCCGAAUGUCUUAAGAAGCCAUACGACCUCAUCCAAGCAUGGGUACAGACUUAUGGCCCACAUGCAUCCGCCGGCCGAGUUCCAGCGUGGCAGCAGUUGGAGGCUCCAUUGUUUGCUGUGAGGGCCAUGGGCCGAAUGGUGCCACCGGACGAAAGCGUCAUGCUUCCCCAGCUUAUCCCCCUGAUCGUCGCCAUUCCGGAUCACGACAAGGUGCGGUUCCAAGCAGUCAUGGCUCUCGGACGAUACACGGAAUGGACAGCCCAGCACGCAGACACUCUUCAGCCUCAGCUAGAUUACAUCAUGGCCUGUUUCGAGCACUCGACUAAGGAGGUCGUUCGUGCGGCAGCUCUCUCAUUCAAAUUCUUCUGCAAUGAUUGCGCAAGCCUGCUUGCACCUUUCAUUGGCCAACUUCAAGCUUUCUAUUCCAAACAUCUGGACGCCUUACCGACCAGCAGCCAGGAGGAGAUCACAGAAGGAGUUGCUUCCGUUGUAGCCAAGAUCCCUGCCGAUCAGGUAUAUGCUACGCUGAAGCUAUACUGCGAUCCCAUUAUGCAAACUCUCGUGACCAUUGCGCAACAAGCGAACGACGACGCUCAGCAAAAAGUACUCGCAGACAAGAUCAACCUGCUGACAGUAUACUUCGAUAUGGUGCGCCCCUACGUCAGGCCCACGGAGGAGAAUCCCGCCGUCAAAUACUGCCAGGAGAUUUUCCCGGUGCUCAGCGACAUCAUUCAGCAUUUCUGGAAUAGCAUACCUGUACUUGAGCGGGUGUGCCGAUGCUGGCGGUAUAUGGUACUAUCUUAUCGAACUGCCAUGCGACCACUUCUUCCCGCUCUCGCAGAGCAACUCAGUACAGGAUUCGAAAAAUCGAAACAAGGGUGCUUUUUGUGGGCCACUGCUUCGAUUGUACGAGAGUUUUCGCAGGACGUAGAAGAGGUCGACGCAUCAAUCACAAACGCCGUCUUCCAGUUCUACGAACAGCAAGCUAAGACCUUCCUGCGGACGUUGAAUGACAGCCCACCGGAAGAACUAGGAGAUUUGAUCGAGGAUUUCUUCCGGUUGGCUGCCGACAUGGUGAUGUACUUCCCUACCCAAUCCAUCACAUCGCCACUCAUGGAGACUGUUCUUCUUGCCGCGUGCUCGGCUCUAAGUCUCUUGAAAGAGGAGCCUAUCAUUGCUACGCUCCACUUCCUCCGUGAUUUGCUCGGUUACGGACGAAACAGCCCACCUUCUUCCAGCUUCGAUCAAGAGCGUCAGGAUGUUCCAGAAGCUCUCCGCAAUCAGGUGAAGACUCUUGUAGUGGGCACCGGAGCACAGUUAGUUCAGCGUAUCUUGACUGGUAUGAUGUACAGUUUCCCCGAGGGGGCUUUCCCAGAUGCCUCUGGUGUGCUUCUUGACCUGUUCGAGCUUUUGCCCGAGCAGGUAGCUGUUUGGGUGCAGCAGACGGUCACCAUGCUGCCCCAAGGAUCAAUAACACCACAGGAGUCAGAGCGCUUCUUGAACAAUAUCAGACAACGCAUCCAGGGUAAGGAACUUAGGAUGAUUCGCACAACCCUGCAAGACUUCACAGCAAGUUACCGACGACGAAAUGUGGCACCGCGCGAAGGCCUUGGUCGCCUCGAGGCCUCGCGCUUUAGAUUCUCUGGUUAGGCGCUCUUGUAUAGGGAGCAGGAACUUCGAAAAAGUGUAUGUGGCAUUGUAUUGGUAGAUGAUUCAGGCGCGGCGGCGAGUUUGCAGAAAAGUCAGGAGUGGCGAACAGACCUACAUUUGCACCGUAUUAGGGGGAAAUGCAUAAUAUUUUCGGUUCGAACGCCAUUUUGACAACGGAGGAAGGGUCUUUAAUCUUCUCCGUUGAUAGGAAGUCCCUUUCAUAUACAAAUUUUCCCUUCUUAUUCCCCCCGAGCAGUUAGCCUGCAGCAUGGCCCCGGUGUAUGUAGUUCUUUUCAAGGGUGCCGUUUCUGCUCUGGCAAAUAUAGAGUCAUCUAUCCCACUGUGUAUCAUUUUCACAUUGCGCCCAUGAAUCUCAUGCCGUAUGAGGCAUUGUAGCCUAUGGAGCCUUUUAUACUUGUACAAGCCCUCCAGGAAAGAAGUCGGGACAUUUGUGCUCCGGAACAUGAUAGGA